AUGCCUCGGAACAAUCUUAGUAAACACCUCCAGUGGUUGGUUAACGAGAAGCCAUUUAUUCCUCCCGCAUCAUCGCUCGUGGCAUACGAAGCCGGCGCUGAGCCUACGAGUUCGGCGACAAUCUCACUGCAACAUUCUUCGCACUCAGACACGCAGACGGCAUACAAUGAACCCCAACCUGCCUCCGUGCCAGCGCCCCCAUCAGCACCUCAAACCGCUAGACCCGUCCUACCCCGCAGUCUCGCUCCAACGAGGCCAAUCGAUAUACACAACCCUCCAGAGGCUGAGGGUACGAGCUCGGAUAUGGCAAGACUGAGGGCUACGCCGGCAAGCGGGAAACCCAGACUCAUUGUAGCGGGGUUACCAGAUCAUGUAUCAUACUCGGCGUCCCCAAGCAGGGCAAGGAAUGAGAAGAACACCACAGCAGAGCCGGGAAGGGCCAAUUCGGAACGCACUCGAGAUCCACCGACAACUUCGAGGACGAUCAGCGGACACAUGGAAGUACCUGCUUCACAAUAUGGCACUGCUGGAAUGAGUCGCAUGGAGCCUAUUGAUGUUGACUCCAUUGACCUUACUGGAGAUGAUGCGAUUCCCUCUUCGCCAGUUCCAAUGCGCACCCCCAAAGGACGAAAACGGAAGAGCGACGAGUUCGAGGCAGACCUCCGGCACGCCAAGUCUCCCAGGCCGAUUCGAGCAGACCCUACGCUCGCCCCAGAGCCCGACGACGACGAUGACGAGUUUCCUGAUAUCGAGGACAUUGUCAUGGCCCCGGAUAGUCCGCCUCCACCAUAUUCGAUUGUCGCAGGGGGUGCAAAGUCCUCACCAGAGCAAGCUGCGGAUGCUGAGGACGACGAUAUGGAGGCAAUGUUACAAAUAGAAGAGGAGGAGCGACGGAUAGCAGAGGCAGAGCAGGCGGCGUCUACACAACCGCGCAAACGCAAACCGUUAAGCCGUGUGCCUUCAGAAAAUGCUCCAGCCCGCAAAAUGGGGAAGCAGACUCGUAGCCCUGCGCCUAGCAAGACCAGGCCUUGCGCAGCCGAAGUUGCGGUACCUAAAUCGGAACGUAUGCGCGCGCCUACUACUAAGAGAAUUGAGCAUGCGGUGAUGGACUCUGAAGACGAAGACUUUGGUGCGAUAGAUGAGAUGGACAUUGACACUCAAGCUCGGACAAAAUCACCCACGCCUCCGAGAAAAAGGCUACGUGAAAAGACGCCAGUGUCAAAUCCAGCUGGGCCUGCGAGCCAGACACAGCUACCCAUACGCUCUCCAGUGAAGGCCUUGCGAAGUCCUAGUCCAUACCAACCUGAGCAAGACUCCAUUCCUACCCCAGCGAAGUCGCAAUCCCCUAAGAAAAAUACCAAAUCUGCACCUCUACCAGUAUCCGCGCCCAUCAAGCCUAUCCCAAGCUCGUCAGAAUUGUCAAAGGAAAAGAAGAAUGCCAUCAAAAGCACUAUCGAUGCAUUCUUGAAAACAGAGGGUCAAAGGUUGCAAAGCCAUCUCAACACGGCGAGUUUGGCAUGGGAAGAUGCCCGUGCUGCCUUUGUUGCCCAUAUCUCCGAGCAUGGUAUACCUGACCCUAGCGAACAAGAAAGGAUGGGACGCGCUCGCUCACGGAAGGAUGCGGUAGAGCAGUUGAUAGUCUUGAAGACCAAGCAUAGUGACCUUGUGAACGAGCGGCAAAAGGUGAAGCAAAAACUUGAAGACGACUUGGACAUGGGUCAGUUUGACGCAGCAGACGGUGAAACUCUCAGCAGACUCUUCAAGAUGAUCGAGGACAUCCAGAUCCAAAUGUAUUACCUGCUGGAUCUGGCGGCCAUCAAGCAGCAACCCAAGUCUGUCGUAAAGGCAGAGUCGAAGAGCAGCCGCAACGUGGUUAUCCAGUCAACUCAAACAAGCCCAGUGCGACCAUCAUUUGAUGAUUCAAAGGAAUCAGGGCCAAAUCGGAUCCCUCAAACACAGUACCCUAAGCACGGCGACACUGUUGUUGAAGAAGUGUUUACACCGACUCGUCGCAUACGAUUCGCUGAGGAACAGGUGGCUGCCUCUCCGCUACCCCCUCUAGAUCUUGGUAUUCGUUCCCGCACUGAAAACGGUGCGACAGGAAUGCACAACCACGUGCCAAAAGAUCGAUCUCACCGCAUACCUGAGACGCCAGAACACCGGCGUUCUCCGAAAAAGUCAAAGCCAGCAACCCAUCAUGAUAUGCCUGAUGACUUCGAAGACAUGGAAUUUGAGGAAGACGAGAGCCUGUUUACUCAUCACAUGGGUGAGCUCCAUCAACCCAUUGAGGUAAGUGACGAUGACGAGUUUGGCGCGGACGACGAUGAAUUCCUCCACGAAAUCAACAACAUCGAGAAUCAGGUACCAGGCAACUUCAAUUGGAAAGGUGAACGGACAGGAGCCCUCCCGUCAACGAACACUCGCGAGGUAUUCCGUGAGGCUUCCCCGAACAAAGCCGCGCCAAAACAGAAUCAACAAGCAUCACCGAAGAAGCCGCAACUGAACAUGCCGGCCAAGAAUCACCCCGGAAUGAACUUUCCUUGGUCCCAAGAUCUGAGAGCGGCACUCAUUCGUCGGUUCGGUUUGAGAGGUUUCCGGCCUGGGCAAUUGGAGACUAUUAACACCACCCUAGCAGGUAAACACUGCUUUGUGCUGAUGCCUACCGGAGGAGGAAAGUCGCUCUGCUACCAGCUUCCCUCGGUUAUCGCUUCAGGCAAGACACAUGGGGUUACCCUAGUUGUUUCUCCGCUAUUGAGUUUGAUGGAAGACCAAGUCGAGGCUUGCAGACAGCGUUUCGGCAUGCAGGCAUUCCUCAUUAAUGGAGAAUCAACCGCAGCUCAGAAGAAAAUGAUCAUGGACGGCUUACGCGAAAGGAAUCCUCAGCAGUUCGUCCAGAUACUCUACGUGACACCCGAGAUGCUUAGCAAAAACCAGAGGAUGAUCAACGCUUUCCAGCAAUUGCAUUCUGGGGGCAACCUUGCCAGGAUUGUCAUCGACGAGGCACAUUGUGUCAGCCAAUGGGGUCAUGAUUUCCGACCAGACUACAAAGCACUUGGAGACGUUGUUCGACAAUUUCCCGGAGUUCCGGUGCUUGCGCUGACUGCAACUGCUACCAAACUUGUCCGUUCCGAUGUGGUAUCCAAUCUUGGUAUCCAAGGUUGCCAGGAAUUCUCCCAAAGCUUCAAUCGCCCCAAUCUGUCCUAUGAAGUGUUACCGAAAGCAAAAGGCAUUAUCAACAAUAUCGCGGAUUUGAUCAAGGAGCGAUAUGUCGGAAAGUCUGGUAUUAUCUACUGCCUCUCACGGAAGAGCUGCGAGCAAGUAGCCCAAAAGCUAUCUGAGAUGGGUAUCCGUGCCUACCAUUACCAUGCCGGAAUGGACUCGACCGAUCGGUCUGACGUCCAACGCAAAUGGCAGAAGAACGAGUAUCAUGUCAUCGUGGCCACAAUCGCCUUUGGUAUGGGUAUUGACAAAGCCGAUGUACGAUAUGUCAUUCACCACUCGCUACCAAAGAGUUUGGAAGGCUAUUAUCAAGAGACUGGACGUGCUGGUCGUGAUGGUAAGCGCUCAGAGUGCUACCUGUACUACCAGUAUGCAGACUCGAGGAUCUUGCGCAAGAUGAUUGAUGAGGGCGAGGGCAGCAGAGAACAGAAGCAACGACUAAGCGACAUGCUGCGAACUGUGAUUCAAUACUGCGAGAACAAAGCCGACUGUCGACGCGCUCAAGUGCUCGGAUACUUUAGUGAAGCGUUCGAUCCCUCAAAGUGCAACUCGACAUGUGACAACUGCCGGUCGGAUGCCACGUUCAUUACAAAGGACCUUACCGAAUACGCUGCCAUGGCCAUUAAGCUUGUCAGCCAGGUUCAUGAGGACAAUGUCACAAUGCACCAAUGCGUAGAUGCCUUCCGUGGUGCUGGCGGUGCCAAGAUCAAGAGUGCUGGAUUGGAAGAAUAUGGAUGGGGCUACGGUAAGGACCUAGAAAGGGGUGACAAUGAGCGCAUCUUUCAACAACUGCUAGACGCUGGUGAUCUUAAAGAGAAGAGCAAGGUGAACAAGGUUGGCUUUGCGACCAGCUACCUACACCCUGCUUCGACACGCAACGACUACGAAACUAAGCGGAAGCAGCUGAAGUUGCAAGUACGCUCCUCACCACACAAAGCAUCUGCGAAGCCAUCUUCAAAAGCGCCUGCUGCGAAGAAGGCGAAGAAACAGCAAACACAGUUCCCAUCAACCAAUGUCGAUUCUCCUGUGCAUGGGAAUAAGCAAAAGAUAAGGUCAUUUGCUUACAACCAGGAUGACGACGACGAUGAUGAAGAUGUCUUUGAUGCACCACGUCAUCCUACUCGCAAACCCGCCAAUCGUAGUUUCCAAGCCGACGGUUUCGUUGGCGACAAUGAUGGCUUUGCACCAGUACGUGAGGCUAGGCCAUUAAAAGCAACGAAAGCGAAAAAACUUGGAACUCCCAUCACUACAGACCAGAGGACUGCCGAGCUCACUGAGCUGCAAAGCGAUGUCUUGAGAGAUUUCAUGACCGGGGCUAAGAGGAUGAGAACAAGCAUACAAGAAAGAAAGGGUCACCGCGAGGCCAUCUUCACAGAUACGGUGCUUCGUGAAAUGGGUCUUGAUCUGCCACGAAAUCUCGACGAAAUGAAGAUGAUACCAGGCAUCCGACCCGAGAUGGUAGAUCGUUACGGCAAGUCAUUCUUGAAGUUGAUCAACAAUACGAGGAACUUUUACGGAGACGACACACCGGUUCCUCGCAAUCCCCAGCUUCGCAACAAGCAAGCUCAAAGCUCUCGGACCGUCUAUGAGAUUGACGAUGAUGACAAUGAUGAUAACGACGAUGACGAGGAAGUGGAUGACCAGAACCACCGACUUGUUGUAGACCUUUGCGGUGACGACGACGAUGAUGAUGUAGAGGAAGUAGAUGUCCCUAACGCCGAAGAGUUCGGCGACGACUCAUCCUACGGCGAUCUCGAUUACGACGAUGACGGCGACGACGACGAUGGCGAAGUACACACAAGUCAUCACUUCAGCCACGCUCCAAACCCAGAGGUUGCAGAAUUCAACAACCGAUACACGCAGCUGGGCGGGAGAGCAGCUCCCGUAUCCAAGGCUGCAGCCAAAGCACCGGCGGCAAGAUCGGGGUACAAGAAGAAGGGGACAUUCAAGAAGAGGACAUCGGGAAACUUUGGUAAUAACAAGAACUUUGGCGGGGUCAAGAAGCGUGCGGCUAGGGGGUCUAGCAGUAGGGCUUCUGCAGGGGCCAGUAGUCGGCCCAGGGGUGGAGGUGGAGGAGGUGUUAGCAGAGGCGGAGGCGGGGGGCCGACAGGUGGUGGAUGGGGAUCCAUCAUGGCCAUGCCUACCUGA